AUUCCGCGACGCCCAUGCCCGCGUCCGCGCGCGCGCUCGAGCGCGCGCGCGCGGCCGUCGAACUCGACGUCGCGCGAGACUUCCCCGCCGCCGCGCGCGCGUACAGAGACGCCGCGGCGGCGCUCGACGCCGACGCCGACGCCGACGCCGACGGCGCCGAUGGAUUGCGACGGAAAGCGCGCGAAUACCGCGCGCGCGCGGACGAAUUAGAGGCGACGACGCGCGAGACGACGGUUGAUUACACCUCGCUCGUCGGCGUCGCGAGCGGGGCGGCGCGCGCGAAGACGACGAUGGAGACGAAGACGCGCGACGCCGGCGGCGCGCGCGUCGUCGGCGGCGCCGCCGCGGUCGGCGCGUGCGCGGGAUUCGCGUUGCUCGGACCGGUGAGCGCCGUCGUCGGCGCGGGGGCGAUGGCAUACGGCACGACGCGGCGCGACGGCGUCGGGAGCGCGUGCUCGGGGGCGGGAAAGAUGGCGGCGAACGCGUACUCGAGCGUGAAGAGAUGGAAUCGCGAGCACGCCGUCACGACGAAAGCCGCCGCCGCGUGCGCGACGGGCGCCAAGGCGGUGAAAAAGCUGGACGACGAGUAUAAGAUACGCGAGAAGACGGCCAAGGCGGUGACCGGCACCGCGAGGGCGGCGAGCGAAUUUAACGAAAAGCACGGCGUGACGAAGAAAAUCGGCGAGGGCGUCUCCGUCGGUCUCGACGUCGUGACGAAGAAGCUCGGCGGCGUCGACGCGCGCGACGAGGCGUCGAGCGAGGGCGCGCGUUUGCCAUCCGCGCCGCGUUGAUCGCGCCUAGCGUCCUUGUACAUUUACAUCACACCGCACGACUCGCAGUCGCCUCGGCGUCGACAGUCUGACGGGACAGUUACGACGGUUACUCCGCACAGUCG